AAUUACUCAUAGAAUAAAAUAUGCCUCCAUAAAAAAGUGAGUGUGAGGCUGUGAGCAAAGGCCAAAUCAGCCAACUAGCCAACUGGGAGCGGAGGAGCCGGAGUGUCCCCAUUCAUACUUUCGGGUUGAAAGGCUUGAAGGGUUUGCUACCAGCUACGCUCUCUGUUGUCCUGCUUCUCUCAAAUGUCAUAAACUGCUCAUUAUUGAGUAUGGCAUCUUUAACAUGCUCCCCAAACGCAAGAUUGGCAGUUACUCUUCCCCAUGUACGUCACCAACACAAGAAUUUGGUGAAAUAUAAAAAUAUUCUCCAUGGAGGGACUUUUCCCAGAACGCCCCUUAAACUGGUGUCUGUCUUCUGUUCCAACCCUUCUUCAUGGGAACCUGCACCUUAUGCUGUCAAAGAUGAUGCUGAAACUGAAGUCCUGAAAGGGACCACCAGUUUAUUUGAUACUACUAUUUCCAACAAAACUGAAGAAGUAGAAGAAACCUCAAUAACCAAUACUAAAAGUACAUACUCAAGCAGUGAACCAGUUGUGAAGUUCCAAUACUUUCAGUGGCCAAUAUGGGUAAUUGGGCCUGUGCUACUUUUAUCUACAGGAAUGGUACCCACUUUAUGGCUACCAAUUUCAUCAGUUUUCCUUGGGCCCAAUGUAGCCAGCCUUCUUUCUUUGACUGGUCUUGACUGCAUUUACAACCUUGGAGCUAGCCUCUUCCUCCUACUCGCCGAUUCAUGUGCCCGAAGACAAAACCCGAGUCAAAAUAACAGAAAUGCCCCUCCUUUCACUUACCGGAUGUGGAACGUGGUUGCAAAUGCAGUCGGGUUCAUGAUACCCGUGGCAGUUAUGUUUUGUUCUCAAAAGGGGUUUGUCCGGCCUCACUUGGAGUUGAUUUCAUUUGCAGUCCUUUUGGGUCCCUAUCUUCUGCUUCUCUCAAUACAGAUACUCACAGAGUUGCUGACGUGGCAUUGGCGGUCCCCAGUGUGGCUGGUGACCCCGGUUGUGUAUGAAGCUUACCGUUUGUUGCAACUGAUGAGGGGCUUGAAGCUCGGCAUGGAGUUGGAUGUGCCAUCAUGGAUGAUGCAUACGAUUAGGGGUCUUGUGUGCUGGUGGGUAUUGAUCCUUGGUGUUCAGCUCAUGGCUGUUGCUUGGUAUGCUGGUUUGACAGGUGCUGGUCAACAACAGCCGAGAAGUCUUGCCGGUGAAAAGUAGUUUUGAUUGUUGGGCGUGUGUUUGUUUUUUGCUGAUGUAUGUGGAGAUAAAGAUCAGAUAUAGCAUGCAUUCUGUUUCUGUAUAUGAGGAAUACACGGAAUAAAGUGGCUUGUUUUAAAGAUCCGUGCUUUAGGUUCAUGGUGUCAUUCCUGAUUCUUGUCCAGAAAUGUAUAGACUUUAAGCAUGUUUGUUUGGUAAG